UAGACUUUUUCUAUAUUUUUAUCCUAGUUCUAGGUUAGAACUUAGAACCAAGCAAGCCCUAACCAUGCACGUUAUUAUUCACGGGUAAAUCGUAAUCGUACUCUCAGCUACCAAAACAGUUAACGUGCAGGGCAAUACAGGUUCAAGAAUCAAGAGAGAGAAGACUAGGAAAUAUCCGCACAAAUUUUUUAACGCGAGCGAUGCGGAGUUAGGCCAAGUAAUCCACGAUCUCCACGAAACAGAUUGAGCAUAAAUAUGGGUUAUUAUUUGCGACCGCGUUCGUUGAAACCCUACAACGAUCUUAAUUAGGAGUGGUACGUAGGAGUAGCGCGCUAACCUCUUCUCAUCCCAUGCAGCACGCCGACGACGACAUGCCAACCCACCGGCGGUGGGCCGACCUCCACGCCGGCCUCGUCUCGCGCGUCGCCGACCUCUGCGCGCUCCGGGGCUACGCCUCCUGCCGCGCCGUCUGCGCCUCGUGGCGCGCGGCGCUCCCGCCGCCGACCUCGCGGCCGCUCGCCCCCGUCGCCGACACGGCGAGCCGCCACGGGCCACUGUCGCUGGCCGUCUGCUCCGUCCACGCGCAGCGCUGGUCCCGCCUCCUCGGCCUCCGCCAGCCGUCGGGGCUAGCCAACGCCACCGGCGCCAGCCGCUGCGUCGGCGCGCGCGACGGGUGGGUCGUCCUCGCCGCCGCCAACGCGAAGGGCGCCGCCGCCGCCGCCGCGAGCGUCGUCCUGCUGUUCAACCCGGUCACCGGAGUGGAGAUCCCGCUGCACGCGUCGCUGUACGAUCCCAACUGCGAGCGCGCGCCGGCGGCGUCGACGUCGCCGGCGCCGAAGGUCGUGUUCUCGCCGUGCCCCACAGCGCGUGACCUCGCCGCGGUGAGCAUCUGCCGGCCGAACAGGCUCGCCGUCCAGAGGACAACCGACGGGCACUCCUCCGCCCUCGUCCUGGACACCGCCGCGCUCAUGGACAGCGACGACCUCGCCGACGUCGCCUUCGACGGCAACGGCAGGGUGGCGUACUGCCUGACGAGGCACGGCGCCGUGCACGUGCUCCGCCUCAACCGCCGCCGCCACCGCGGCAGGCUGCGACCCAUCGAGAUCGAGCCACUCGUGGCCGGCGCCGUCUUCCCCUCGCCGUACGACACCAUCGCCCGGUUCACGGACGCCAAGAACCUGGUGCUCUGCGGCGGCGCGCUGUACCAGGUGUGGAGGCGGCCGAGCGGCGCGGGCUCCGCCGUCGCGCCGGCCGGGAUCUGCGACCAGCAGCUGCUCCUCAUCCCGGAGGGCGCCGUCUUCGUCCUGAGGUACGAGCCGCCGGCGUCGGCGGCGGCGGGGGGGAGCCGCCGGCCGCCGUGCUGGUCGGAGUCGAAGGAUCUCGGCGGCCACGCGGUGUUCCUCGGGGCGAACGACGCCGCGGCGGCGGCGCGCUGCGGCGACGGCGCGGCGGAGCUGAUGAGAGGCGACUGCUUGUACUACUGGGCCAGCCGCGCAGAGGGGGACUACGAGGCCUUCGUGUACAGCAUGGCGGACAGGAUGUCCACGCGGUUGCCGCCGGCGACCGGUGGCGUGUCGAGCCCGCUUUGGUACUUCUUGCCGGCCGGCGCGGCGAACGUGCAAGCAACGACGACGACCGCUAUGGAAGCUGCAUCAGAGGAAGUGAGCGUCGCAGUUAUUACAGUAUAAUUUCAUGGUUCAUAUCACACCGGUCUCUCUAUAUAGGAGUAUGUGCUAGUA